AUGGCAGACAACGCGCCUAACAAGCACGACACCAACAAGAACUCUGUUGAAGAGGUCGACUUCGAGCACCUGAUUUCCCAGGCUCGCGAUGGAGACGAAGCUGAUAGAGAAUUGACCCUUCGCCAGGCCUUGAGGCAAUACAAGGCGCCCGUGGCCUGGGCCAUGUUUCUGUCCUUGUCUCUUGUCAUGGAGGGAUUUGACCUCGUCACGAUCAACAGUUUCUAUGGCCUCGAACAAUUCCAGAAUCGCUUCGGUGUCCCCAACCCAGCCAAACCGGGCACCAAGCUCAUCUCGCCGGCAUGGCAGUCUGGCCUGAGUAAUUCUGCUCUGGUGGGACAGAUAGCGGGUUUGGCCAUCAACAUGUGGGCACAAGAUCGUUUUGGUAACCGGUCGACUAUGAUGUUCUUCUUGGUGUGGAUGGCUCUCGCUAUAUUUAUUCCAUUCUUUGCGCCAAAUCUCAGCGUCCUCGCUUUUGGUGAGGCUAUGUGUGGUGUCUCCUGGGGCAUCCUGCUGUCCUCCGGCGUUAUUCGAGCGAUUGUCACAGUCCCCGGGGAUCUUGCUUGGCGCCUACCCUUCGCCCUACAGUGGGUUUGGCCUGUACCUCUCUUAAUUGGCACAUAUUUCGCUCCCGAGUCGCCCUGGAGCGCCGUCCGACAAAGUAGGAUGGAUCUCGCCAGGAAGAGCUUGCACCGCCUCUUGCCAAAGUCGGCCGACAAAGAGCAGAAAGUUGAGGCGCAGCUGGGCUACAUUCGCUACACUACUGAGCUCGAGCGUGCGGAGACCGAAGGUGCUCGUUUCAUCGACUGCUUCAAGGGAACUAAUUUACGCCGGACCGAAAUCAACUGUAUGGUCUGGGCCAUUCAGAUCCUUUGUGGUAACGCUCUGCUCAACUUCUCCGUCGUUUUCCUCGAGUCGGCUGGGUUCAGUUCCAUUCAAGCUUUCGAUAUCAACAUUGCUCUCUCGGCUUGCUACAUCAUCGGCGGUGUCAUCUGCUGGUGUUUGUUUCCGCACUUCGGUCGCGCGACCAUUUACAUGUCUGGCAAUCUGGGCAUGAUGAUGCUCCUAGUCGUCAUCGGAGGUCUGGCUUUUUCGAGCAGUCAACAUGCGCAAGUGGCUAUCGCGAUCUUGUUCGUUGUAAGCACACUAAUCAAUUUGGUUUCCACUGGCCCAGCGUAG